UGCCGUGUCGAGACAUCCAACUACAAUGCUCUAUCUAAACGCUGUCUACAUUGGUCCUGCAUUCAGUCGGCGCAUCAAGGCCCCACGUUCUGCCUGCUGGGAGGAAGUUGUAUCCGCCUUCGUUCGUCCUGCGUCUCAACGAACAUGGCAGGCUCGGCGGGAAUUAAAACUAUAUCCGCACAUUAUAGCGGCCAAACUAUACAAGCACUAGCCAUUGCAAGGUAGGCCCAACCUAUCCUCAUCUUUUGUGUAUCGCUGGAUAGUCAGAAGAGCGCAUGUCGGAUAUAGAACCAGUGGGCGGUUAUGCGAUAUCUUCAAUCUCGUCUUUCGUGUAUAAAGGCCUUAAGGAACCCUGAAAAAAAGAAGCGAACAAGUCAUCUCGGUAGACUUCAAGCCAACAGAAGUGAGCGCCAUUACCAGUGUCAACCACCUGGCCACUUUCAUUACACGAUCGACCAAAACUCUUGUCGGUAAUAUUGAAGCAACUGCAUGAUAAGUGCAGCAGCGAAAACAAAACGGAGGCGACGGCGAAAAUACACGCUACGAGCUGAUAACCUCUUUUUUUCCUUCCCAAGGUUGGAAAAGGGCUUCAAGUAGACCCAUGUACUAGGAACUCUUUCAGAUGUUGGAUCAUUGCGCCUUCCAUCUCUUUGCUUUCUCAGCGCUCUACAGUUUUAUAAGAAUUUCACAAAAGAUUAACUCAAUCCAAUCAUCAAGAUAUGAAAAUGAGCGACUGAAUCAUUGAUCAACUUUUCAUCUCGAAUUUGGAUCAAACAACAUCUACCGGUCCCUACCAACAUCUAUCUAUCUUGGGUUUAAAUGGACUUUGUUUUUGGACUUUCAAGUUACGGGUUCCGGGCUUGGGACACUUUUCUCGUCGUAUCUUAAACACGCUACCCUUCAACAUCUAUCAAUAUUUGUAUCUUGGGCUUUGUGAAUCAUUGGGGUUUUUAUGGUUUAUAUUUCAAGCUUAGGUAUAUCUCAAUCUUGGGGGUCCUGGGUAUCAGGAUUCACCUUUAUGGAUUACCGACAAAAACGGGGUGUUCCAUAUUCAGUGAGCUUGCUUUCUUUUCCUUUUCUUCUCAUGUUUCUUUUCUCUUUUCCAACUUUUUUAUUAUUAUCAUUUCUAUCUAUACAUUACGUUUUUCAAGAUUUUCACUUACAUCACAUACCUCAAGAACGGAUGAAGUUGAUGCGAGGAAAAACAAUUAGUUUAAUAGUAUGAGUAGGCUAAGACGUAUGGUCUUCUUCUAAUGUGGUACCAGCCUAUCAAUCCAGUUGUAAUAACCGUAGUCUAUUUCUUAUACAUCUAUCAACAUUUCUUCGGGUAUAAGCUAAAUCUGGAUCUGUCGACGUGCAUGCUUAUUCAAAUCGAUCAAUUGAGAGGCUAUAUACAUCAUAUUUAUAUGGAAUAAUCA